CAAACUCUAAACAGGAAGCAGUUAGCCAGAAGGUUAUCGGCUGAACACAGAGGCGAGAGCAAAUAACGUUACAUUUCGCCCGUGAUAAUGGCGUUUGUUUUUUUAUUUUGGUAACAGUUCAGUGACGUAUAUCUCCACUUAAGAAGAAAAUACAGUGUUGGAGAAUCCCAUCAAACGAGCUAACUAAUGUAAAAUUAAAAAAAUAAUAAUAAAAAGCAAGUUGCCCCUGAAGAGCUAACAACGUUAGCCAUUUUCUUUGUUAAUUGGCUGGCUAGCGAGCUGAAACGUGUACCGGGCUACAUGUCAAUUUCCUCUUUGUUUGCAAGCCUGUGUGUCUAACUAACUAUUGAUGUAACUAGGUAACAAGCGAACUAACGUUAACGACCAAUGAGUUACGAGGUGAUUGUGCAGGUCAGGCGUACACAGUAUAUCGUUUUUUCUGACCGGGGUCGUAUGAACAUCCCUGGUCUGUGUGCUGCAAGGAGCAGCUGUUGAGGAGUUCCCGGAUAAAUCCUCAUUAUCAUUGACGUCCAUCUGUGGAACUAAUUGUCUCUAUUUUCUACUUGAGACGAGUCUGAUAGAAGAACAAACAAGAACAUCUACAGACAAACCUGUGUUCGUAUCCAGGCGAUUGUCAUGCACCUGUAAUCCACUUCCUGUCAGCCAGACAGCCGGGCCCAGCCACCCAGACCCAGCCACAGCGCUCCGGUCCAGUGGGUCCCCAUGGAGCCCAGUAAUGAUGUAGCGUUGGAUAUCAUUAUCACCAAUGUGGUGGCUGUAUUCAGGACACGCUGCCACCUCAACCUGCGCACCAUCGCUCUGGAGGGGGUCAACGUAAUCUAUAAACCUGAAUAUGGGAAAGUCCUGAUGAAACUCCGCAAACCCAGGAUCACCGCUUCCAUCUGGUCUUCAGGGAAAAUCAUCUGUACUGGCGCAACCAGCGAGGAUGAGGCUAAGCAGGGAGCCCGGAGGUUAGCCCGCACCCUGCAAAAACUGGGCUUCAAGGUGAGGUUCUCAGAGUUCAAGGUGGUGAAUGUCCUGGCAGUGUGCUCCAUGCCCUUCGCCAUCCGACUCAUCGACUUCACCAAGAACAACCGGCCCAUCGCCAGCUAUGAGCCAGAGCUCCACCCCGCUGCCACCUACAGGAUCAAAACCCUUAAGGCCACCGUCCAGGUCUUCUCUACCGGCAGCCUUACCAUCACAGGACCAAAUGUGCAGGCUGUAGCCACGGCUGUAGAGCACAUCUACCCCAUGCUGUUAGAGUGUCAGAAACCCCUCCGCAAAUAACACACACGGAAAAGCAAGAACGGAAUGGAGAGAGAAAGACAGAGGCUAAAAAGCACCUCAUCCAUUGGAUGCAUUGUAUUAUCCUCAACUUGUCUGCCCCGGCAACAAUCUGGGCCUUUGUCUUGAUUGGCUGGAUUUGUCCAGGAAGUCAGAAAGGCAGCUUCCGUCCUCCUACUGUCCAAUGACCUGUUGUAUUGGUGACAGCUACGCCCUCUGAACUUUGACCCUGGAUGACCUCUACAGGAUGACCUCUACAGUAUGACCUCUAACCUUUCACCUUUAGCAGCCAGCCAGCCAAUGAUGGCUGCUCCAGUGACUGAUUCACACUAGAAGGGGCGGGACUCUCCAAGCCAACCAUGAUUCCUUAUUAUUUUAGAUUUGAUGAUGUCACGGGUUGUGUUCUAGAUGGCAGCCUAUUCCCUACAUAGUACACUACUUUAGACCAUGGUCCUAUUCCCUAUAUAGUGCACUACUAGACCAGAGCCCUAUUCCCUAUAUAGUGCACCACUUUAGACCAGAGCCCUAUUCCCUAUAUAGUGUACUACUUUCAUUGGUCCUGGUCUAAAGUAGUGCACUAUGUAGGGAAUAGUGCCCUGGUCUAAAGUAGUGCACUAUAUAGGGAAUAGGGCUCUGGUCUAAAGUAGUGCACUGUGUAGGGAAUAGGGCUCUGGUCUAAAGUAGUGCACUAUGUAGGGAAUAGGGCCCUGGUCUAAAGUAGUACACUAUAUAGGGAAUAGGGCCCUGGUCUAAAGUAGUGCACUAUAUAGGGAAUAGGACCCUGGUCUAAAGUAGUGCACUAUGUAGGGAAUAGGUUGUCAUUUGGAACACACAAAGGGUUUUAAUGCAUGGGCAGACAGGCCAGUCUUCAACAUGACCUGUCCCACAGAACGCAACAAGGGUUUUAACAGAACAUGACAGACCAUUUACAUUUAAGUCAUUUAGCAGACGCUCUUAUCCAGAGCGACUUACAAAUUGGUGAAUUCACCUUCUGACAUCCAGUGGAACAGCCACUUUACAAUAGUGCAUCUAAAUCAUUUAAGGGGGGGUGAGAAGGAUUACUUUAUCCUAUCCUAGGUAUUCCUUGAAGACCAGUCUUCAACAUGACCUGUCCCACAGAACGCAAGGGUUUUAACAGAACGUAACAGACCAGUCUUCAACAUGACCUGUCCCACAGAACACAAGGGUUUUAACAGAACGUAACAGACCAGUCUUCAACAUGACCUGUCCCACAGAACGCAAGGGUUUUAACAGAACAUGACAGACCAGUCUUCAACCCGACCUGUCCUACAGAACAAGGGUUUUAACAGAACAUGACAGACCAGUCUUCAACAUGACCUGUCCCACAGAACAAGGGUUUUAACAGAACAUGACAGACCAGUCUUCAACAUGACCUGUCCCACAGAACAAGGGUUUUAACAGAACGUAACAGACCAGUCUUCAACCCGACCUGUCCCACAGAACAAGGGUUUUAACAGAACGUAACAGACCAGUCUUCAACAUGACCUGUCCCACAGAACAAGGGUUUUAACAGAACAUGACAGACCAGGUUUCAACCCGACCUGUCCCACAGAACAAGGGUUUUAACAGAACAUGACAGACCAGUCUUCAACAUGACCUGUCCCACAGAACAAGGGUUUUAACAGAACGUAACAGACCAGUCUUCAACCCGACCUGUCCCACAGAACAAGGGUUUUAACAGAACAUGACAGACCAGUCUUCAACCCGACCUGUCCUACAGAACAAGGGUUUUAACAGAACAUGACAGACCAGUCUUCAACCCGACCUGUCCCACAGAACAAGGGUUUUAACAGAACAUGACAGACCAGUCUUCAACCCGACCUGUCCCACAGAACAAGGGUUUUAACAGAACAUGACAGACCAGUCUUCAACCCGACCUGUCCCACAGAACAAGGGUUUUAACAGAACAUGACAGACCAUACAUUUCCAUAAGAAGCUUUGAAAGUCCCAUUUGACCGUGAUGUUGAACAGAGCCUUGUUUUUGGACCCUGUAGUCAUCUGCUCUAUUCAAAUCACUGGGAUUUACAAAAUUCCUGUAACUUUCCACAAAUUCCCCCCAGGUUCUCCGAAAAUCUUGGUCGGACGAUCCCAGAUGACCUGUUUGUUCCAUCCUUUCCUGGGAAAACGUCCUACUGUGAUUUCUUGAAAACCUGUGAAUUCUGGGUUGCCUGUGUUACGCAACCCGACACGUCCCCCUUUAACCACAGAUCAGAUGUUUCCAUCCACCUUGGUAGUCUUUUACUUGAGAUGCGUCUUCUGGAAGAUUCCGUCCGUGAGUGUUGUUCAGGCUGGGGCUUUGAAUACUUGACAGACAGGUGGUGGUUGUUGAUCUGUGGAGAGAAACACCUGCUGGAAUGGGAAAUGCAGGCUUGUCCUAUUCCUGUCCUGAUUGUUGUAUGGUUAGACUUUUUUUUUUGUAUUUUAUAAAUAAAAUAAAAUUUUAAAAGAG